UGUAAGCGGGGAUCUGCUGCCGAAGCCCUCGCUGCCUUUGUGAGUCCGGAGGGUGGGGGGGGGAGCCGUAUCGGAGCAGUUACUGGGUAUUUCAGGAUUGCGUAUUGCUAUAAACACUUUUUUGGGGGGUUAUAAUGCCCCAUGGUAACAGUUCCCAAGAUACUCCAACCUCCAAAGCAAGCUCAGGAAAUGAUGGAGAACAACAAAGGGCUCAGAAGUCUACCCCACAAUCUCCUGCACCAUCAUUUACACCAGCAGUCAGUUCUGCUGGGCCACAGUCACCUGGAUAUCAAAUUCAGCAACUCAUAAUGAGCCGGAACCCGGUGGCUGGUCAGAAUGUUAACAUAACUUUACAGAAUGUGGGGUCCGUGGUGGCAGGAAAUCAGCAGAUAACUCUGACUUCACUCCCCCUUACCAGUCCUUCCUCACCAGGGUUCCAGUUCAGUUCCCAACCAAGAAGGUUUGAGCAUGGAUCAACAUCCUAUAUCCAGGUUACCUCUCCAAUGUCUCAACAGGUCCAAAAUCAAAGCCCUACACAACCAAGUGCAGUGCCUUUACAAGCAUUACAGGGUGUUCGGGGAGGAACUGCAGGAGCCAGCUUGAGUAUGUGCAGCCAAAGCCCCACACGUGGGUUUGUGGAUGCUAGUUUGCUUGUCAGGCAGCUCAGCCUUACUCCAUCAAGUACAGGACAUUUUGUGUUUCAGGAAGGGUCUGGAAUUACCCAGAUUGCACAGGGAGCUCAAGUACAUCUUCCAUCUGGAACCACUGCUCCAGUCCAAUCACGUACUCUACUGCACUCCAAUUCACAGACUGUUGGCUCUGUACACCAGAGCGGAACAAGCCACUUAACAACCACCAAUCUAUCCCCACAGUUAAGCAGUAUUAUCCAGGGUCAGCUGAUCCAGCAGCAGCAGGUUCUUCAUGGUCAACAGCUUGCAAGGACCAUCAGCUUUGAUAGAAGUUCUGGAGGCAUGAUAGCUGGGGUGGCUGCAGCUUCAGCUUUUGGGAAAACACCACCUGCUCCGACAAGCCCAUCACGGACGACUGGUCCUCAGGGAAUCUCUGGUCUUCCUUCUGCCCCUACAGUUAGCACCAAUAUGAGAAAACAGAGUAAAAAGUUGGAAGAAAUUCUCCCUGCAACCCAGGAAGAUGCUCAAAUGCGGAAGCAGUGUUUGGAGCAUCACCAUAAAACCAUGAAGGUCUUGAAGGAAAACUUUAAAGAGUACCUGAUUGAGCUGUUCUUCCUACAACACUGUCAAGGGAACAUGAUGGAUUUCUUGGCCUUUAAGAAGAAACCAAGCAUACUGCUGCAGGCAUUUCUCAGGCAAAAUGACUUGGAUCUUGAAAUAGAAGAGGAAGAAGGAGAUAAGAAUUCUUCCCAUGUCACUCAGCCUCAGGUUCCUUCUCAAAGUCCAGCGUCGGAGAUUCCUACUGCCAUGGAAACACAAGCUUCCAGUAUGCAAAAGGAAACUUCAACUCCAAAUGAUCCAUCAUUGGCACAGUCUCAUGGCACAAGUGACUCCAAACACCCUAAAGUAACUCUUGGGGUUUCACAAGUCCCACCAACUGGUAGAUUUGGUAAAGAUGGCCCAUUCUCUGUUACAGUUGGGAUACCACCCUCUCCGCAAACGGCUCCUGCUGCCUCCAAGGUUUCAGCUGUGCCAAAUACGACCAACUUGCCAUCUCCGAGCCGAGCCCAGGUUCCUAGAAUGCCUGUCUCCUCUGUCACUAACACAGUGCACACUGUACUACAACAGCAAAUUGUGACAGAUGCUCAGUCUCAGAUGAAGGGGAAAAUGGCUUCUAGCAUUCCUUCUGUACAAUCUACCCAAAACCAAAUCUCCCAACAACCUCAGCCCAUGCUUAUUGACCAAUCUUCCUUGAAACCCCAAUCACUACAGGCUUCUGCAUCUAAGCUGGGCUCAGAUGCUGGUAAACGCACAGUUUCUGCAUCUUUGCACCUUGCUCCUUCAUCACCCACCACACCAACCAGCAUUUCAGACUCCGUACCCCUUCCUGCAAGUGUCUCGCCGAAAAGGAUGUUGUCGCCUGGUGCCAGCAAAGCACUGUCGCCUUCCACUUCCAGGUCCCCUGGUUCUUCAGGAUCCCAAUCCCAGGAUAUUGUGACCUCUAUUACAGGGGAUAUUCAACCUGAAGCCUCUUUGCCCAAACCACAUGAACAGGAGAGCCAUAUACAUCAACGCAUUUCAGAACUGCGAAAGGAAGGUUUAUGGUCACUCAGGCGGCUUCCGAAGCUGCAGGAGCCAUGCAGACCAAAAUCUCACUGGGAUUAUCUGUUGGAAGAGAUGCAGUGGAUGGCCGCUGAUUUUGCACAAGAGAGAAUGUGGAAACUAGCUUCUGCUAAGAAGCUGGUUCGCACUGCAGCACGAUAUUGGCAAGAGAAGCAGCAGAGUGAUGCUAGAGCCAAGAAGGAAAAUGAAGAAAGACUGAAGCGUAUUGCUUGGUUAGCAGCUCGGGAGAUCCAAUAUUUCUGGUCUAAUAUUGAACAGGUGGUGGAAAUUAAACUACAGGUGCAGCAGCAGGAAAAGAGGAAGAGAAUAUUCUGUACACACGGAUCAAAGAAAGGCGGCAACACCGGAAAGGCAGAAAAAUUGGAUAAACUUGGUCAAAUCUUGGAUCCUACAGGCUCACAGACAAAGAUAAAAGCAGAAGCACAUAAAGUUGAAGUCCAUGGUUCAGGUUCAAGAAGUGAAACAAAUUCAGAUGGAUCUCAAAAACAACUGGUUCUUAUUGACUCCCUACUUAACACUGAAGGCGGAAGCUCUAUUCAUGGAGGGGGGAGGAAACACAACCGUGAUAUUGCAGAGGUGGCCGCUGCUGCAGAACUUUUACUGCCUAGGGGCAGCUCCCGCAUCACUUGCACAGUAAAAUCAAGUCCUCCACCUUUGCUCCAUGGCAGUCUUCGAGAGUAUCAGCAAAUUGCAGUUGACUGGUUAGCAAAACAAUACAAGAAAAACCUCAAUGGGAUUCUGGCUGAUGAGGCGGGGCUUGGAAAGAAUAUCCAAGUGAUCGGUCUCAUGGCACACCUGGCCAGUAAUGAAGGUGUGUGGGGUCCUCACUUGAUUGUUGUACGUAGUUGCAAGGUGCUAAAGUGGGAAUUGGAGUUCAAGCGCUGGUGCCCAGCUUUGAAACUGCUCUUGUAUUUUGGAAGCCAAAGAGAACUCAGGAGAAAGCGGCAGAAAUGGGAUGAGCCAAACAGCUUCAACGUCUGCAUAACAUCCUACAAACAACUGUUCAAGGGCCACAAGGCCUUUAUGAAGUUGAGGUGGAAGUAUCUUGUCAUGGAUGAAGUACAUCAGAUCAAAAACAUGACUGAGAAACACUGGGAUGCCAUCUUUAAUUUACCAAGCCAACGUCGACUGCUUCUCAGGGACACACCCUUGCCACACACAUGGAAGGAGCUAUGGACCAUGGUGCACUUCCUCAUUCCGGGCUUGUCAAGGUCAUAUUUGGAUUUCCCAGUGAAAGAGAACAGUGACCAGGACCAAGAAUACAAGCACACCAUUUCCAUAAGACUGCACCGGUCAACACAACCAUUUAUUUUACGUCGGUCAAAAAGAGAUGUGGAAAGGCAGCUAAACAAGAAAUCGGAGCAUGUGCUGAAGUGUCAGCUGUCAAACCGUCAGAGGGCUCUGUAUGAAGAUGUCAUGAUGCAGCCUGGGGCUCAAGAUGCACUAAAAGGAGGCCAUUUCCUCAGCGUUCUUCAUGUCCUAAUGCAGUUGCAGAAGAUUUGUAACCAUCCAGAGCUGGUGGAUCCACGUCCUGAACAUUCUUCCUAUGUGUCUGACGCCCUGCAGUAUAAAACAGCAUCUCUAGUUCUGAGGGCUCUGGAAUAUGACCCUUGGAAGAACGUUGACCUCUCCAUAUUUAACUUUCUUGCGGUUGAGAAUAAAAUGACACGCUAUGAAGCUCAAGUGAUUCCUAGACAGAGAGUUUCCAGGAAGCUGAUUCAGGAGAUCUACAGCUCGCCUAAUCCUGCACCUAGACCCGCAAAGGUCAAAAUAAAACGCAACAGGUUGUUUGAGCCUGUACUCUAUGGUCAGAAACCAGAAGGGAAAAUAAUCAAUUUCCAAAGCUCUUCAGCAACUACAACUACGACCACUGCUACCCAACAGGGGCAAGUUCGACGGACACAAAUCACCACACCUGCUGUACCUCAGGGGACCAAAGUGCCUGCCACAUCACAUGUCCAAGUAGGGGGUUCCAGACCUCAAACCCCAGGGACUGCCACAGCUGUUCCAAUGAGACAAGUCAAUCAGCCGCAUUCCCAGACUCCCUCACAUACUGUCCAACAGAGUGUCCUGUCACAAAGACUGGUACUUAGCUCUCAAGCCCGGCUUCCAAGUGGCGAGGUGGUAAAAAUCGCUCAGCUAACGGCUCCUGGUGGUGCACAAGGCCGUAUAGCCCAACCUGAAACUCCUGUCACCUUGCAAUUCCAAGGGAACAAAUUCACUCUCUCCCAGAGUCAACUGCGCCAACUCACAGCUGGCCAACCUCUGCAGCUACAAGGUAAUGUACUGCAGAUUGUUUCAGCUCCUGGUCAGUACCUUCGCCCACAAGGUUCCGUUGUGCUUCCUGCCAUGCCACAGGGUACAGCUGUUAAUGCUGUAAGAACACAACAGCAAGUUGUAGCUCCAAAUCCCAGUGCAGUGCAGCCAUCAGCUCCCAUGGCAGUAAGGAACACACAGAUUCCUACUGCAGCUUCUGAUCAAGUGACAAAACCUGUUCCCAGUGUGACCGCUCCACCUCAGGAGUCAACAGAAGAUAAACAACGCAUGGUGAAGGAGCGUCUGGACAGCCUAUUCUCUUGUAAUGAACGGCGCUGUGCACGGGCUCCACUGUAUGGCUCAGAUUUGUUGUCACGUUUUUCACUCAAUUUUGCAAAUUCUCAACCUUCCAUGGGCAAUGGUCACUGGGGCUGGGCUGGCUAUGUAAACUGCCUAAUGUCCUCCCGCUGUCCUGAGGACUCCUUGGAUCCCUUGAGGCACCUUAUCCUGUCCCCUGAACAGCAGAAAACAGUCCUGGAGUCUCAUGUUAAGAGGUCACAGUGUGUAGUCCCAGCAGUUGUUGCUGCCCCUCCAUCCCUUGUAGUGCCCCAUCCUCCUCCUUCCUUCACCCAUAAUAUAAAGAUCCUGAGUCACUGCCUGAGGGAGAAGGCAGCCCCAUAUCUAAAGGACCUACGAGAGAAAACAUCCCCGUACUGUGUGCAGUUACCUGACCUGCGGCUUAUCCAGUGUGAUUCAGGGAAGCUAGAAGCUCUGGUCAUCCUUCUCAGGAAGCUGAGGUCCGAAGGUCGACGCGUUCUCCUUUUCUCCCAGAUGCUGCAUAUGUUGGACAUUUUGGAAGUGUUCCUGGACUUGCAUUCUCUAACCUUCUUGAGGAUUGAUGAGAAUGCCAACUUUGAGCAAAGCCAGGAAUUGUUGAAGAGCUUUAACAGAGACCCUUGUGUAUUCUGCAUGGUCCUAUCCACCCAUGUGUAUACUCAGUCAGUGCCUCAUAUAGAGGCAGAUACUGUCAUUUUUUAUGAUAGCGACUUGAACCCUGUGGUAGAUGGAAAAACGCAGUCUUGGUGCGAUCUCAUUGGAAGAUCAAAGGAUAUUCAUGUUUACAGAUUGGUGACGGCAAACUCAAUCGAGGAGAAACUUUUGAGAAAUGGGACCAAAGAUCUCAUCAGGGAAGUGGCUGCUCAGGGCAGUGACUAUACCUUGGCCUUCUUAACUCAGCAAACUAUAAAAGAGCUCUUUGAAGUCCAUUCUCCUUUGGAAGAUUCUGGAUUCCGAGUUAAAGCUGAAGAAUUUGUUCUACUCUCUCAAGAACCAUCCCCAUCGGACACUAUUACGGCCAAGAUUGCAAGACCAUUUGUAGAGGCACUGGGAAGAAUAGAGUGUGGAGCUGAUGAAGUUGCGGAAGGUAUGCAGGAAGAUGGGCCAAAACCCAAUGCCGGCAUAUGCCCAUCUGAUAACUGUGAACAAAACGAUGACCACCAACCUUCUCAGAUGCAAGAGUUGGCCGACCUCAUGCAGCAGCUUACUCCUAUCGAAAAGUAUGCAUUACAUUAUCUGGAGCUGUCUCAUAUCUGCAGCGGCAAUCUUCACCUUGGAUGUAUUGAGGAGCAAUUGAAAGCCGCAAAGCAGGAGUGGGAUUUACAACACCUAAGAGGACUUAAGGGGAGAGAAGAGAUCAUGCAAUGGGAAUCUGAGGAAAGCGAUGAGUUGCUAACCUACACUCGGGAAGAUGCUUAUAACAUGGAUUUCAUUUACGAUGAACCAGAGGGGCAGACUGAAAUAAUGCCGGUUUGGACACCUCCUACCCCACCGCAAGAUGAGAAUGACAUUUAUAUUGACUCUGUAAUGUGUUUGCUGUAUGACACCACUCCAAUUCCUGAGUCUAAGCUACCCCCAGUAUAUGUGAGAAAGGAGCGGAAGAGACACCGGACAGACCCAGCAGCUGCAGGUCGGAAAAAGAUAAUGAGGCAUGGGGAGUCUGUGGUACCUCCUCGCUCCCUAUUUGACAGAGCUGCUCCCAACCCACUUAAAGUUCGUAAAGAAGGCAAGGAGCAGAAAAAGAACAUCCUUCUAAAACAGCAAACUCAGUUUGCUAAACCUUUGCCGACUUUGAUUAAGCCACUUAUGGAGACUGGUCCAGAUAAUCCUGAAUGGCUUAUAAGUGAAGACUGGGCUCUGUUGCAGGCGGUGAAGCAACUUCUGGAGCUGCCACUGAACCUUACAGUUGUGUCCCCGGCUCACACCCCUAACUGGGAUUUGGUCAGUGAUGUGGUGAACUCUUGCAGCAGAAUCUACCGAUCGUCCAAGCAGUGCAGGAGCCGUUAUGAAAAUGUGAUCAUUCCAAGAGAGGAAGGAAAGCUGCUAUCAGAUGUCAGUCCAAAGAAAAAAACAGAAAACAUUUUUAAGAAUAAGCCUCUUCGAACCAGUCAGAUUUAUGCUCAGGAUGACGGAAUGACUCACAGCCAGUUAUUCACUACCCGUUUUGAUCUGAUGAAAAUGGCUGCUGGAAAACGAAGUCCCCCGAUAAAACCGUUGCUUGGUAUGAAUCCAUUCCAGAAGAACCCAAAGCAUGCAUCGGUUCUAGCAGAGAGCGGAAUUAGUUAUGACAAACCCAUGCCCCCUGUCCAAAUCGCCACUCUGCGUGCAGACCGCAUUGCCAAGGAAAAGAAGGCUUUGGUUGAUCAGGUUCGAGCUCAACAGCAGUCUGGUCCAUUACCCCAGCAACUGCAACAAAAUGGGCAACAACCAGCACAGCCCACAACCGUGCAGCCAGCACAAGCUCAGACCCAGACUCCAGUUGCUACUCAGCCGCAAGUAGUGGUUCAGCCACAAGCAGCAGCCAAAGGACCAAGCCCUGUCACUACUCUGUCCAAUCCAACACUCCUGACUGGAACGAUAAAGGCUGCUGUACCAGGAACCACUAUAGCUACUGGAACAGUCAGUGGAAAUGUGAUUGUGAACACAGUAUCGGGUGUAUCGCCUGCCACAUUUCAGCCUAUUAACAAGCGUGUUGUGACUCCAGUGGUGAGCGGUACAGUUUCACUAUCAUUUCCUUGCCAGGCUGUGACUACUGCUCAAAUGGGGCAGCAGAGGACAGUGGCCACAACAGCCACUGUGCCUACAGAGAUGGUCACUAUAGCUACUGGUCAAGGGGUUCGAGCAGUGACUCCUGUAACUGGAGGUACAGUGGUUUCUACCAAUCUCACUACUGUGCAGUCCCAAGCCAGAGCCAUAGUAACACAGGUGACUACAGCGACCACUGCUGGGGUCCAGCUGGCCGGUAAAAUAACACCAGGUCAGUUUCAGCUUUUACGACAACAAGGGCAGGUCACAGUUCCACAGAUCCAGGCUCAAGCACAAUCUCCAGGACAGAUAAAGACUGUUGCAAAGAUAUCUCCAGAGCAGUUAAUGAAGUUGCAGAAGCAGAAACUUCAGCUUUCCCAACAGGUGGCUCAGGCAGGCACACUGACUGGCACCACAACACAAAUGCAGGUUCAGCCACAGCAAGCCCAGCAACUUGCCACCGUUACAGCAUCCCGUGCUGGGGCUGUCCUUACUGGAACAACUAUGACAAACCUGCAGGUGGCACGUCUGCUGCAGGCCCAGGGACAGAUCCAAGGUCAGCCAGGACAAACUGCGCAAGUUGCAUUGGCAAAACCACCUGUAAUGUCAGCAGUCAGUGUCUCUUCGGGGGGAGUCACCACACUCCCUGUUACUGUAGCAGGAAUCAGUGUAUCAAUCAACCAACCCCAGAAAGUAGCAGGUGGACAAACUGUCAUGGCACAACCAUUGCACAUGCAACCACUGCUCAAACUGAAACAGCAUCAUACCACCCAGCAGCAACAGCAGCAAAAAGCUCUUCAAUCACAGACUACUUUGGGACAACAGAAGCCUUACCUUUCCCUCCAGAUAACUACACCUCAAGUUUCAACUGCUUCUCAGCAACAAAAGGUCACCUACACCAGCCAGCCAGCUAUUAAAACUCAGUUCUUAACCACCUCCUUAACUCAGGCUCAGAAGGCUGCAGGGACUCAGCAAGUGCAAGCUCAGAUACAAGUUGCAAAACUUCCUCAGGUGGUUCAGCAACAAGCAGCGAUUGCUACUCUCCAGCAGGUUGUGUCUGCAUCACAACAGGUCCAGCCACAGACUGUGACUCUGACCCAGGCUACGGCCACAGGUCAGCAACAGGUUCAGGUCAUACCAGCCGGUUCAGCAGCAGCACAGGUUGUACAGCAGAAAUUUCUCCAGCAGCAGGUCUUGGCAGCGGCGGCAGCAGCAGCUUCUCCACAGAUACAGGCCUCUGUCAACCAGACAACAGCAGUAUCAACAGUUACAACAGAUGCACAGAAUCAGCAGGCAAAGCUGCAAGUUCGGACACCUACUGUCAGGAUCAAAGCACCCACUAAACCGAGCUGAGAACCAGUUGGAAUAGGUUGAUCGUAGAUGGGGAACAAAUAUUAGUUACAUGUGAAUCGUAGUUCUGGUUAUGUGUGGAAUCCUGCUCCACACACUCUAAGAAAAGACAAGGCAAACUUUAAUUUACUUCAGGGAAUACUUGUAUUAUCACAAUCCAUUGACUGAAAAUGCAGGCACAUAGAUAUCCGAAAAGAAAUCUGAUAUUUUCAGUAGCUCAUGGCUAGCGCACUGGUUGUGUGAAUGCAGAUAAUGUACAUUUUUAUUCCCUAAAAAUCAUACAAUACCUGAUUGUUAUCACACGUGUACAUACAGUUUUGGAUUAUGUUUUGCUGGCUGUAGGAGCCUGAAAAUUUUAGGUGGUUUGACUGCCUUUACAGAACGGCGGCAAAAUUUAUAUUGUACAUACAUUUUUAAUGUAUGGAUAAAGGCAACUGACACUGUAUUUACAGUAGCACAAAUCAAUAUUGUAUGCAACAGAGCUUGGCAAUUCAUUAUUGCAAGUGUAUUUGUACAUACAUGUAUUUGGAUGAAUUGUGUGCGUGCAUGUGCACUUCUUAGACUACGCAGACUUAAUGCAAUCCCAUCCUUUGGUGGUCAGAGAGGAAAAAGCCAUAGCUGGAAUAACAGGUAUCACUUCCGUGGCCUUUGUGGGUGUAAAUGCCAGUGUCAAUAUAAUUAUUAGACACCACCCACCUCUAAUUUUCAUAGGGGGCCAUUAUAAAGGAACUGCUUCAGAAUCAGGUUUAAAAAAAGACAA